AUGGAAAAUUGGAAAGUUUCUAAUUUGAAUGACCAAAUCCAAAAGUUAAUUAUGUAUGAUGAAGUAGAUAAUGAUUUACCCCCUGAGGAUUAUCGGUUUUUAUCAGUUGUUCCAACUGUAAAUGAUUUUUAUGGACCAAAACCUUAUUUACGACCAUGCAAAAAUCAAGAACCUUAUAAUUCAGUUGAACACUAUCUGGAUGUACAAUUUCGUUUACUGAGGGAAGACUUUUUUCAACCUCUAAGAAAUGCAUUGCAGGAAUAUUUAUCUAACAAGAAGAAAGAAUUUCAUAGCAGUGAUAUUCAUUUAUAUAAAAAAGUAAAGAUUCUUCCACCUGAAAUUAAUAAAAAUCAAAGUAUUGGCAUCAAAGUGUAUUUUGGGGAAAAAAAAUUCAUUAAUUGGAGAACAUCAAAAAGAUUCAUGUACAGAAGUCUGUUAAUGUUAAGUCAUGACAAUUUUGGAAAAAUCUUAUUUGCCACAGUAUCAAACCGUGAUAUUGAAAUGUUAGAAAAUGGCUACAUUUUAGUUGAACCUUAUGAAUCAGGGUAUAUAACAAAUGAAAUGUAUACUUAUGAAUAUAUUAUGCUUGAAUCAAAAGUAUAUUUUGAACCUUACCUGGAGGUUCUUAGUGCAUUAAAGUGUUUUAAUUCAGAAAAUUUUCCAAUGAAACGAUAUCUCGUAGAUGCAGACACACAAUCAAACUUACCAACAUAUCUACGACGUGCUUCAAAUCUUACAUGCAAAACCAUGAAUUUACCUAUUCAAAAUGAUUCAUGGCCAUUAGCUCAUCAGUUGAAUCUUGAUGAUUCACAGUAUAAUGCCUUUAAGCAUGCUUUAACCGAGGAACUAGCAAUCAUUCAAGGUCCUCCUGGUACUGGAAAGACAUUCAUUGCUUUGGAAAUUGUUAGUACAUUAGUACAAAAUAAAAAUCUUUGGAGGCCCAGUGGACCAAUUGUCAUUGUUUGCUACACAAAUCAUGCUUUAGAUCAAUUUUUAGAAGGAAUUCUCAUCAGUACUAAAUCUAUUGUGAGAAUAGGAAGUAAGUCUAAAAGUGAAAAGUUGCAACAGUUUACUUUAAAAAAAAGACGGGAAAGUUGUAGGUUUCAAAACAAUAAUUUCAGAGUCUGUGAGAAUAAAAAAAAAAUGAUUGAAGCUAAAAAGGAAUUAGAGACAUUAUUACAAAUGAUGGUCAAGAUUAGUGUUGACAUAAAAUGUUUAGAAACAGUAGAAGCGAUUGUGCCUAUACAAUGCCUAAAUCAAUACACAAGUGAUCAGACUCUAGCAUCUUUUAGAACUAACACCAAUUUAAUCUCAUGGUUGUUCAAUGACAAUUUACCAACAGUUUUUAACUGGACACCACUUCAAAAUCAAUUUAACUCGUCACGGUCUGAAUGUUCAUUGCCAGAAGUAAAACAUAACAAUUUUAAGAUGGAUGAAGAAGACAGUAAUCCUCGUAUGGAUGAUGAACUAGAACUUGAAACUUUUGCAAUUGAAUUAAAUGAUUGCCAUGUCAUUUAUCCUUUGAGAACAAUUGAUGCCCAAAUCGAACAAGUAGAAAAUGAACAAAAUGUUCCUGCAAAAAAAAAAUUUAAAUAUAGCAAAAAUGUCCCAAACCGAAUGGGAAUGAGCGAAAGAAAAAUGAAAGAAUUAGUUAAUGUUCGAGAAUUUUUGAAAUACCAGCUAGAUUUGCAUCCAAGCCUUCAAGAUGGAAACUAUAGACCUAUUCACAAUCAACGAUGGAGGAUGUAUUGGACUUGGGUAAAACGAAGUCAUGAAACUGCUUCAAAUCAAUUAGCUCAUAUGGAACUACAGUUUCGAGAACUUCAAAAAAAAUUAAAUGACAAGAAAAAUGUUGUAGAUCUUGAUGUACUCAAGAACUAUGACAUUAUUGGACUGACUACAACUUGUGCUGCAAGAUUACAGUCUACAUUACGAGAAUUAAGAGCUCCAAUUGUGUUAGUCGAAGAGGCAGCAGAAAUUUUUGAAGCCCACGUUCUUUGCACUUUGACCAAUUAUUGUCAGCAUUUAAUAAUGAUAGGCGAUCACAAGCAAUUACGACCGAAACCUUCGGUUUACGAACUUGGCGUCAAAUACAAAUUAAAUCUGUCACUUUUCGAGAGGAUGAUUAAUAUUCGUGGCAAUUGCAAUCAACUUGCUCAUCAGCAUCGAAUGCGUCCAGAAAUCGCUAAAUUAAUAACACCGUCCAUUUACGACAAACUUUACAAUCAUCAGUCCGUAUAUUCACGUCCAAACAUCAAAGGGUUGGAUAAAAACGUGUUUUUUCUGCAUCAUACUCAUCAUGAAAUAAAGUUCAAUAACGAAGAUAGUUGGGCAAAUGAUUAUGAAGUUAAAUUUUUAAUUGCAUUAGCUAAUUAUUUGGUACAACAAGAAUAUGCAGUCAAUGAAAUCACAGUUCUUUGUACUUAUACAGGACAAAUGUUUGCUCUUAAAAAAGAAUUACAAAAUUACAGUAAUUUGAAAGAUUUGUACGUGACUACUGUAGACAAUUUUCAAGGAGAAGAAAAUAAAAUUAUUUUGUUAUCUCUUGUUCGCAACAAUGACACAGGAAAUAUUGGAUUUCUCAAAGAAGAAAAUCGAGUUUGCGUUGCUUUAUCUCGAGCCCGAGAUGGCAUGUUCAUCAUGGGAAACAUGAAUGAUCUUCUAGUUAAAAAUAACAUUUGGCCAAAAAUCAAGCAGGCUUUAAAUGAACAAAACGCCUAUGGUGAAAACUUGCAAGUUCGCUGUCAAAUCCAUGUGGAUCAAACAACUUUGAUUAGAACUGCUAAGGACUUUCAAAAAUGUCCUGGGGGUGGAUGCUUGAAGCAAUGCAAUCUUGAUCUUACUUGUGGACAUGUCUGUGAUAGAAUUUGUCAUGUUGCUGAUAGAGAGCACAAGCUAUAUAAAUGUAAAAAAAAGUGCAACAAUAGCUGUCCUUUUGGUCAUCCAUGUAUUUUAAAGUGUUGGCAAAAAUGUUUGCCAUGUGAUGUGAUUGUUGAAAGGUCUCUUAAAUGUGGUCAUACACUAAAAAUGAAAUGUAGUCAGGAUGCUGAAACUUUUCCAUGUUACAUAGAGAUUCAAACAGUUUUGCCAGAUUGUAAGCAUGAAGUUAUAAAAGCCUGUCAUAUUUCAUUUAAUAAAUUCAAAUGUCCUAUUGCCUGUGACAGCCGUUUACCUUGUGGUCAUGCAUGUGUACAAAAAUGUCAUGUAGCAAAAGAUCCUGAUCACAUAAAGUAUAAAUGUACUAAGCCAUGCCCAAAAAUGUAUGAUAAUUGUAAUCAAGAACACAAUUGCAAAAAGCGUUGUUUUGAAGAUUGUGGAUUAUGCCCUAUAUCAGUAACUAAGACAAGAUCUUGUGGUCAUAUUUACAAAGACAUUGCAUGUUCAAAAAAUGUUGAAGAUAUCAAUUGCAAGAGAAGAUGCGGACGUGAACUUCCUUGUAAUCACCAAUGCAACUUAGAUUGUUAUGAAGAUUGUAAAUGCAGAGAGACUGUUUUUAAAAAGAGUUCUUGUGGUCACUUUUUAAAACUGGAGUGCUCAGAAGAGGCUACUUCCACAAAAUGCAGAAAAGCAUGUAAAAAAGAAUUGAAGGAUUGUGCACAUCCUUGCCAAAAUAGAUGUAAAGAUCCAUGUUCGUGGCCUUGCACUAUGUUAAUUAAAGUUGAAAUGCUUGGGUUGUGUCAACAUUCUAUGAAAAUACCUUGUCAUCUCAAAGAUAACAAUGAUUUGCAAUUGAUGCAACAAAAUGCAUUGAAGUAUUGUGAAGAACCAUGCUUACAAUUACUGGAGUGUGGUCAUAGAUGCAAAGGUACUUGCAGUAAAUGUUACCAAGGACGUAUUCAUGUGACCUGUCAACAGCCAUGUCAAAAACUUCUUAUUUGUGGUCAUCCAUGCCAAAUACCGUGUAGAAAAGAAUGUCAACCAUGUACAAGACCUUGUGAAGUUAUUUGUAAACAUAGUAAAUGUUCUAAUAAGUGUGGUGUUCCUUGUGUACCUUGUAAAGAAGCAUGCAAUUGGGGUUGUGAGCAUCGAAAAUGUUCUAAAAAAUGUGGUGAUCUUUGCGAUGUUGAACCGUGUAUGAUUUCUUGCAAAAAAAAGUUAAAAUGUGGUCACCCUUGUGUUGGUUUUUGCGGGGAUCCUUGCCCUCCGCUGUGUCGUGUAUGUGACACCGAAAAAUUAACCGAGAUUCUUUUUGGUAAUGAAGAUGAGCCGGAUGCGAGAUAUGUGUAUCUAGAAGAUUGUAAUCAUUGUAUAGAGAGCAGAGGCCUUAUCCAGUUCAUGAAGACAAAAAGUAAUGAAGAUCAAGAGGAAAUUGUAUUAAAAGUUUGUCCAUGUUGUAAAACACCUAUAAAAAAAUGUAUGCGUGUUAUGAACUAUGUGAAAACUUAUUUACAAGAUGUUAUCGCGGUAAAAAGUAAAUUUUUUUACAAUAAUCGCCAAGACUUGGAAGAAUUACAACUUAAACUUUACAAUAAGUUGAAAACAAAUGUAAAUAUUUUCCUCAAUCUUCAUAUAAAAGAUGAACGUGAUCUAGAAAAAAUUUUUGAUUCAAUGUUAAUUAGAGGAGCUAAAAAAAAUUGUAAUGGAAAAAAACAACAAUUGAAUUCACAAGAAAUAGAUGCCUUUGCGGUCCAAGUAGAAAUCCUAUCUCAAAUGCUUGAUAUAAUAAAAGAUAAAGAAUUAAAUGAUGUUGUGAGAAACCAAAUUUUUCUUCUAAUAAAAGCAAUGCCUUCUUCUUGGGUAAUCACAAAGCAAACUCUUGAUGAUUUUCAAAGAGAACUUCGACGACUUGAAUUGAUAGUGUUGAUAUAUGCAACAGAGUCAAGAAAUGAAAACUUUGAAAUCGUUAAAAAUAAGCUACUGAGUAUCAAAAUAUUUUCCUUAGAUUUGGAACAAGAGAUUUUGCCAUUUAUAAAUGAAAUAAAAAAAAUAGCGGAACGGAAAAUGAUAGUUAAAGCAAUGUCUAGAGAAGUCAGACCAGGCGCUUGGUUCAAAUGUCCGAAAGGUCAUAUUUACUCGAUCGGGGAAUGCGGCGGGGCUAUGCAAGAGAGUAAGUGUCCGGAUUGUGGCAGUAAAAUUGGAGGUUCCAAUCAUCGUAUUACAGAUGGAAAUACACACACUAGUGAAAUGGAUGGUACCCAAAGUCCUGCGUGGCCUGGGCAACAUUAACAAGAAAAAUUAACAGAUCAAUAUUGAGAGUAAUUUAAUUGUUUGUAUGUCAAUUAUCUUUUGUUUAGAAACUUGUUUAGGAUAUAAACUAUGUUAGUUUUAUCAUUUUCAAUAUGUUAUCAUUUAAAUUAAAAUAAUCUAUAAAUAUACCAAGUAAAAAACUUUUGGAUUAUUUUUGAUGUGUAAGUAGAGUUAGUAGUUUUUGAUGUGGAGUAUUUUUGAAGUGUAGUCUGAAAAUUGUUUUAAAGUUUUUAGAAACAGUUUGUUAAUCGAAAAAUAUUAUUUUGUCUCGCCAAUGGAAAUACAGAAAUUCAAUUAGUUUUAGAACUUAUAAAUGUAAAAAAAUAAAUGUUGAAAUAAAA